AUGGAAAGGGGCUUGAGACAAGGUGACCAGCUUUCUCCUUUCUUGUUUGUGCUAGUUGUGGAUGUUCUGCAUAGAAUGGUUGGUGAGGCAGUCAGGAUCGGACGUAUUUCUCCUUUGGUGGUUGGUCGAGACUGUGUGGAGCUAUCACACAUUCAGUUUGCUGAUGACACUAUUAUGUUUUACCCACCAGAAGACGAGACUAUGAAGAAUUACAAGCGGUUGCUGCGAUGGUUUGAGUUAAUGUCAUGGCUCAAUAUUAAUUUCGAAAAGUCCAGUCUGAUUUUAAUCAAUUGUGAAGAGCAGCGGGUACAACGUAUGUAUAGAUUGUGGGGUUGUAAGGAAGAUACCCUCCCUGUUAAGUACCUUGGAGUCCCUUUAGGAGAUAAUCCAAGGCUGGUUAAGACCUGGAAGCCUAUAAUCGAUAAGGUGGAAGACAAACUAAGCCUUUGA